CGCGCACACACACACACACACACACUGUCACACGCGCGCGCGCGCACACACGCUCAUCCGACAAGCGUUCCUUCCCUCUGCAAUGCCGUGAGUGACUCCAUCACGAAUGGCUCUCCGUCCGCUUCUUCUUCCAUCCGGAGCUGCCGCUUCUCCUGCGUGAUUCGGCGCGCGCUCGGCGACUCGACGUGUUUUUGGCCCGCGCUCGCGUUUGGCUUGCGCAUCCUCAUCCUCUCCGCGCGCACCGUGCCCUAUAAGACCCCCCUAUCGCAUCCUCAUCCUCGGCGAGCCUCAGUUCUUUUCCACCUUAUAUAUAUUUAUAUAUAGCAAUGUGUCCGGGUGCGACGAUGCUGGCGACAGCUGUCUUUCUCGGAAAUGUAAUGCUACAAUAUGUGUCGUCUCAAAACGCUGGGUUUGUGAAGUCGCCCAUGUCUGAGACAAAGCUCACGGGAGACACCUUUGAGCUGUACUGUGACGUGGUCGGUAACCCCACGCCGGAGAUCCAGUGGUGGUACGCUGAGAUAAACCGCGCCGACUCCUUCAAGCAGCUGUGGGACGGCGCCCGGAAGCGGCGCGUCUCCAUCAACACGGCCUACGGCACCAACGGCGUGAGCGUGCUGGGUGUCACGCGCCUCACGCUCGAGGACUCUGGGACCUACGAGUGCCGGGCCAGUAACGACCCGCGCCGCAACGACCUGCGCCAAAACCCUGCUAUCACCUGGAUCCGAGCUCAGGCCACCAUUUCCGUGUUGCAGAAGCCAAAGAUCAAUGCUUCUGAUCAGGAAAUUUUGCCAGCUAAAAAGCCACAGGAAGACAAUCCUCCUGUUACCUUACAGUGUAACCUAACCAACGCUCACACCGCUCACAGGGAAAGCUUCUGGAUGAAGAACGGAGAAGAAAUCCAGAAUACAAGGAAAGGAGUGAAAAACACAGAGCUUACACUCAACAAACCAAGAGCGGAAGAUGCAGGGGAGUAUAUGUGCGUGUACACUUUUGACAAGGCCCCCAAUGCCAAUGCGUCCAUUGAAGUCAAAGCGGCUCCUGAAAUCACUGGUCACAAGAGAAGCGAGAAUAAAAAAGAAGGAGAAAGCGCUAUGUUGUACUGCAAAUCUGUGGGAUACCCACAUCCCAUCUGGACAUGGCAGAAAAAAGUCAGCCAGGGAUCAUACGCCGACAUCGACAACAGCACUGGACGCUUCUUCAUCAUGAACAAAGACAAUUACACAGAACUGAGCGUUAUAAAUCUUGACAUCAGUACAGACCCGGGCGAGUACGUCUGCAGCGCCUCAAAUGUUAUUGGAACUAAAGAAUCAACGUCUAUUCUGCGGGUGCGUAGUCACCUGGCCCCACUUUGGCCUUUCCUCGGUGUGUUGGCAGAAAUCCUCAUCCUGGUGGUCAUCAUUGUGGUUUACGAGAAACGCAAGAGGCCAGACGAUGUGCCUGACGAUGACGAACCAGCUGGAUCAAUGAAAACCAAUUCUACUAACAACCACAAAGACAAAAACCUGAGACAACGCAACGCCAACUAAGCAAAUACAGCAAAUAAUAAUCCUGGCUGCACAUCUUGACCGUAUGAAGGUAUCCAAGGAGAGCAGAAGCUCCUGGCUAUUUCUAAUAAAGCAUAUCCUGCCUCAGUCGGCCAACGAAACAGCAACAGCAUAUCACUGGCAGAAAAGAACAAUAAGGACUGUCUUAAAGCAUGCCUUAUCCAGUCUUAUGGUAUGUGAGUAUAUGGGCACAAUUGAUCUAGUUCAUUUAAAAGGUGUG